CACACACAGAGCCCCAGCUCCAUUGCCAUUCCCUGCACUGGGGGCUGCUGCUGCUGAGGAACAGAGCCUGCCUCUUCUCCUCCUGGCCCCAAAGGCGGCUGGCUGAGCAUCACCAGCAGCAGGUUUAUUGGUCUGGCAGGAAUUUAGUUUGGAAGAGUCCUUCAUAUAGACAGAACAAUUUACCAUCAUUAACAUGAAGAAAAGUCGGAGUGUGAUGACAGUCACUACAGAAGGUAAUGCUAAAGAUUACUUAGAAUGUGGUCUCAGCAAGUCUUACAGUGCAUCUAGCAACACUCUUGGAAUAGAUCUCUGGAGAGGAAGAAGAUGCUGCUCUGGUAACUUACUGUUACCACCACUGUCCCAAAGACAGAGUGGAAAUGCAAGAACACCAGACAGAGAGAACAUUUCUAGACCCACAACUUUGCCUUUGCUGACCCUUCCCAGCAUUGCCAUUACCACUUACCAGGAUAGUUCUCCAAGGAACUCUCCAUGCUUUUUCAGAAAGUUGCUGGUGAAUAAAAGCAUUCGUCAACGUCGACGUUUCACAGUGGCACAUACAUGCUUUGAUGUGGAAAAUGGCCCUUCACCAGGUCGAAGUCCGUUGGACCCUCAGGUUGGCUCUUCUUCAGGGCUUGUGCUCCACACUACUUUUCCAGGUCACAGCCAGCGCAGAGAGUCAUUUCUUUACAGAUCAGACAGUGACUAUGAUCUGUCACCAAAGACCAUGUCCAGGAAUUCCUCUCUACCUAGUGAGCAGCAUGGAGAUGACCUGAUAGUUACACCAUUUGCACAGGUCUUGGCAAGUCUGAGAAGUGUAAGGAAUAAUUUUACACUACUGACAAAUCUACAGGGAACAUCAAACAAGAGGUCACCAGCAGCAAAUCAGCCACCAAUCCCCAGGGUUAACAUUCAAGAAGAACCUUAUCAAAAAUUAGCAAUGGAAACAUUAGAGGAAUUGGACUGGUGUUUAGACCAACUUGAAACAAUUCAGACCUACAGAUCUGUUAGUGAGAUGGCAUCAAAUAAGUUCAAGAGAAUGUUGAAUCGGGAACUGACACAUCUUUCAGAAAUGAGCCGAUCAGGGAAUCAAGUUUCUGAAUAUAUUUCAAACACCUUCCUGGACAAGCAGAAUGAUGUGGAGAUUCCCUCUCCCACACAGAAGGACAGAGAGAAAAAGAAAAAGCAGCAGCUUAUGACACAGAUCAGUGGUGUGAAAAAGCUAAUGCAUAGUUCAAGCUUGAAUAAUACUAGUAUUUCAAGAUUUGGUGUGAAAACAGAGAAGGAAGACCAUCUAGCAAAGGAACUGGAGGAUCUGAAUAAAUGGGGCUUGAAUAUAUUCAAUGUUGCAAGAUAUUCCCACAGUAGACCUCUCACCUGCAUUAUGUAUGCUAUUUUUCAGGAGAGAGAUCUACUGAAGACAUUCAAGAUCUCAUCAGACACAUUUAUAGCUUAUAUGAUGACUUUAGAAGACCACUACCAUUCCGACGUUGCCUACCACAACAGUCUCCAUGCAGCUGAUGUAGCUCAGUCAACUCAUGUUCUUUUGUCUACUCCAGCCUUGGAUGCUGUCUUUACUGAUUUGGAAAUUCUUGCAGCAAUUUUUGCAGCAGCAAUUCAUGACGUGGAUCAUCCUGGUGUCUCCAACCAAUUUCUUAUCAACACAAAUUCCGAACUUGCCCUAAUGUACAAUGAUGAGUCUGUCUUAGAAAAUCACCAUCUCGCUGUGGGUUUCAAGCUACUACAAGAAGAGAAUUGUGACAUCUUCCAGAACCUGACCAAGAAACAACGGCAAACCCUCAGAAAAAUGGUGAUAGACAUGGUCUUAGCAACAGAUAUGUCAAAACACAUGUCUCUUCUGGCAGACUUAAAAACCAUGGUGGAAACUAAAAAAGUGACAAGUUCCGGUGUCCUCCUUCUGGAUAAUUACACAGACAGAAUACAGGUUCUCCGAAAUAUGGUCCAUUGUGCUGAUCUAAGUAAUCCCACAAAAUCCCUUGAACUCUAUCGGCAGUGGACUGACCGAAUCAUGGAGGAGUUUUUCCAGCAGGGGGACAAAGAACGAGAGAGAGGAAUGGAAAUCAGCCCAAUGUGUGACAAACACACAGCUUCUGUAGAGAAGUCACAGGUUGGGUUCAUUGAUUAUAUUGUACACCCACUUUGGGAGACCUGGGCAGACCUAGUGCAGCCGGAUGCCCAAGAUAUCCUGGAUACCUUAGAAGACAACAGAAAUUGGUACCAGAGCAUGAUCCCUCAGAGCCCUUCCCCUCCCCUUGAAGAGCGCGGCAGAGACUGUCAAGGCCUGAUGGAGAAGUUCCAGUUUGAGCUUACUCUUGAAGAAGAGGAUUCUGAUGGUCCUGAGAAAGAGAGUGAUAGUAUCAGCUAUUUCAGCAGUACAAAGACACUCUGUGUGAUUGACCCUGGAAGAAGGGAUUCUCAAAGGGAAGCUAAUAUAGAAAUUCUGGCAGAAGAUACAUCACCAAUUGAUACUUAAUGUACUGUAUCUAUGUUGGUGAAUUUAAAUAUUUCAUGCACAUGCAGGUUGUCUUGCUGACUAGCCUGAAAUCUAGGUCUUGGGCCAGCAUCUACCAUUGGCUAAAAGGCCUUUCCAGUUACUUGAGAUUGGAGUCAGGGUUGAAGAGUGUGUAGUGACUGCUCAGGAAAUUAACAGGUGAUUUAUACUGCAGUUUCAAGCUUUGUCAGCCAAAAAAACAAAAUCUUUGUGGUGGUCUAGAGCCAGUGUGAGGUAUUAUUGAACAAGCCUGAUAGAGAAUGACACACAAGUGAAAUAUUUUCUAUUCUUAUGAUGUUCUGAAAUCUAGACAGGUCUGACAGCUAGAACUACUGAUUCAUAACUUGGCGUUUAAAACUUGUCCACCUGUCUGCAGACCCGUGUGCCUUUUUUAUAAACACUUCCACAUCUUUUUGAGAGACCUACUAAAUACGCAGCAAAACGUGUUUGAUAUGGUUGUAUAAUUUUUAUUAACAUUAUUAUUAUUCCUGUUUUAAAGAAUGAUGUCUUCCUUUUUAAGGGCAAUACUUGUUACUUUAUUGCAGUUUAAUCACUUUGACUCACUAAAUAAAGCAGGGUGCCCUCCUCUUUUCAUAAUUGCACAUUUGGUCACUUUAACAGUCUGCAAGACCUGUGUAACUCUUCUGUUUGCUUGCUACUGAAACAGUAUUUUCCACUCAAACUGUUUUUGACUUCUCUUGUGCACAGGAUAAAAGUGUAGCUUUGUGUUCCCAUAGCACAAUACAGCACAUGUAAAAAAAAUAACCAAAACCCAGCAUACUGAGGUAGCGUGGUGAGCAUUCUCCCCUCAUUGUUCCUUCUUCUCUUAACUCAGUGGAAGCUGUAUGCUUAAGUCCUCUUGUGUUCUCUUUCCUGCAUAGUUCAUAUCACCUUGGUUAUGUCUCCUUUUUCCUCCUGCACUUGCCUUGAGCUCUAAUGUGUCCAGUACUGUUUAUAACAGUUUAUUUAUUACUUAAUGUAUAUAAUGUAAUGUUUUGUAAGUAUUAAUUUAUAUAAAUUAACAUUGCCUGCCAGUGGUGAUGUUACUUAUGUAGAAGACUCUGGAUGAGAGUUGACUUUCUUUGUAACCUUUUGUAUUGCAUAAAAUAAAAGAGCCUGAACAUAGCUUAAAAGGGACAUAUGAAACCCAGAGAGGGCAUUUAGGGGCAUUGGCUCAGGGGGAUUCAUUUUCACUAGGAUUUGGGGAAACAUCACUGUUUGAUAGAGAUUUACAAUGGUCUGUUGAGAUGAUGUGAAAGUACUGAAAGAGCUCCCCAGUAAACACCACAACUGUUAUGUGUCAUUUUCCAGUUUACGAACAAGCCAAUGUGAAUUUCUAUUACAAAAUGUGAACUGAUGUUAUAAUUGUGCUGUGAAACUUCUUCCAACAAAGCUUGUAAGGCAUGUACACAGUGCCAAUUUCAAUUUGUAAAGCUAUGUUUCAAGCUUUCAGUCCACCUUGUGACUAAUUAGUUGAUGAAAAUAGCACAGUUGUGCAUGAUCAAUGGGUUUGUAUGUCUGUUGAACACUGCAUUGUUCCAGGUGGUUAUAUUAUUGUUUUAAAGUUUCACACAAUUGUAUGUUGUUAUAGUAUUAUAUAUUGUGUUCAGAUGCAUUCUUAAGAGAUUUUUAUAUGAAGUGAAUAAAUGAAAGCAUGACUUA